GCCCCCGGAGGUGCUGCGGUGACGUUACGGGAAGUGAAUCACGGGCUUCUUCCGGUAGCGCGUAAGCCCCGAGCGGAGUCGAGGUCCAGUGGAGACUAUAUCCUGAUAAGACAAGAUGGCUGGGUUGCCCCGCAGGAUCAUUAAGGAAACCCAGCGCUUGCUGGCAGAACCUGUUCCUGGCAUAAAGGCAGAACCAGAUGAAAGCAAUGCACGUUAUUUUCAUGUGGUCAUUGCAGGGCCACAGGAUUCCCCCUUUGAGGGUGGGACAUUUAAACUUGAACUAUUCCUUCCAGAAGAAUAUCCAAUGGCAGCUCCGAAAGUACGUUUCAUGACCAAAAUUUAUCAUCCUAAUGUAGACAAAUUGGGAAGAAUAUGUUUAGAUAUUUUGAAAGAUAAAUGGUCUCCAGCUUUGCAGAUCCGUACAGUUCUGCUAUCAAUCCAGGCUUUGUUAAGCGCACCCAACCCAGAUGAUCCACUAGCAAAUGAUGUAGCUGAGCAGUGGAAGACCAAUGAAGUCCAAGCCAUAGAAACAGCCAGAGCAUGGACUAGGCUAUAUGCCAUGAAUAAUAUUUAAAAUGUGCUCUAAAUUAGUGUGCAUCACUUUUUCCUGUUCUGCCAAGACCUCUUCCUUUUUUUUGUUUUCACGUAAUGGACAGAGUCUUAGAAAACUUUACAGAAUAAAAACCCAGACAUCAGUUCUUUGGUGAUUUAAAUGCACAUUAGCAAAUCUGUGUCUUGUCCUAAUUCACUCCUGUUCUGCAUGAGCAGAGGCUAGAAGUAUCAUCAGGAUUGUUUGUGAAAUUGUUUAAAAGCAGUAGCACAUCUCUGCUUUUAAUGAUUUUUUCCCAUCAUGAGUUAAGUGUAAGCACUGUGAAUGAAAGUAGUCAGGGUUAGCUGCAGGGGUUUUUGUUCUAAUUGUGUGGGCUCUUCCUCCCUUUUUUAUGGUGAUGCUAAUUGCAUUGGUUAAAGCAGCUAACCAGUUAUAUUCUAGCCAAGUCUAACUUAGCUGUAGCUGGACAAGCUUGGUUGUUUGAAAAAAAAAAAUGGGAACAUUAAAGAUCCAUUCACUAAUAAUAUUGUGAUUCUGCUGUCAAGUGUAAAAAUCUUCCUUUCAAGAAAAAGCUUGUGACCAUUUUGUAUGGCUUGUCUGGAAAAUCUUCUGUAAAUCUUAUGUUUUAGUAAAAUAUUUUGUUAUUCUA